AUGGCGCACGUCUCGGAGACCCGGUCGGUUCAUGCUGCGGCUAAAUGGACCAUGCACCGCGUGAAGAAGGAAGUGGAAGAAGGACUGCAAUUGUUGACCGCACAACAAGAGAUCGAGAAAGCGGUACUGAGCAAAUUACUACGUGAGAGCUGUUCUCAUCGCGAAGAUGAAUUCGUGAAGAUGUCCUCGAAGACAGAUGCCCAAGGCAAACCACGUGGAGACCCAGACAAGGUGGAUGUGAGCAAGGGCGAGCUGCACCAGCGAGUGAAGGCGUAUCUUCCCUUAUGAGGAGCAGUUGAUGACUUUUUUUAUCUAAAUUUUUAUAGAUCACGACAUAAUUCAUUGGCAAGUAAGAAGGUGGAAAGAUAUGUUCCACCACUAAUCGCACUCAUUUUUAGAGACCAGAAGUAGUCACAUCCUCUUCUAAUUCUAUCCGUCGACGUCUUCAG